GCAAACAUGGGCCGCCUCGUCAAGCUCGCGACCUGCUCGCUGAACCAGUGGGCACUCGACUGGUCGGGCAACAUGGAGCGCAUCAAACAGAGCAUCCGAGUCGCAAAAGAUCAAGGCUGCACAUACCGCGCGGGCUCCGAGCUCGAGAUCUGCGGCUAUGGCCUACUCGACCACUUUCUCGAGCAGGACAGCAUUCGCCACAGCUGGGAGCAGCUCAGCCUGCUGCUGCUGGACCGCUCGCUCGACGACAUCAUCAUCGAUGUCGGCAUGCCCGUCCGCCAGUCGGGCAACCUGUACAACGCCAGGGUCAUCAUCUUGUCAGGCAAGAUUCUGCUGAUCCGCCCAAAGAUGAGCCUGGCUUCUGCCGGCAACUACCGUGAAGGCCGUUACUUCAUCCCCUGGAACCGUCCCCAGCAGGUCGAGCAAUAUGAACUACUCGAGCUCUCCCACGAGGCGCUGGCGCUGCAGGACAGCCACUUUGUGCCCUUUGGUGACGGCAUCAUCAAUGCCCUUGACUGCAAGCUGGGAUACGAGACAUGCGAGGAACUUUUUACCCCCAUGAGCCCUCACAUCCCCUUGUCCUUGGCCGGAUGUGACAUCAUAAUCAAUAGUUCCGGCUCCCACCAUGAGCUCCGGAAGCUCGACACGCGCAUUGACCUGAUUAGAGAAGCAACGGCAAAGUGCGGCGGUGGCUACCUUUAUGCAAACCAGAAGGGCUGUGACGGCGAUCGUCUGUACUAUGACGGCUGUGCCAUGAUUCUCGUCAAUGGCACCAUCCGUGCCCAAGGAUCACAGUUCUCUCUGCAAGACGUCGAGGUGGUCACUGCCACCAUAGACCUCGAGGAAAUCUGGUCAUAUCGCACAAGCCCUUCCCGCGGUCUGCAAGCUGUAGCAGCUCCACGGUACGAGCUUUUCCGCGCCAACCUUAGGCUUGCAUCUGCAACUACAGACUUUGACCCCGACCACCGGCCCACCCCAGUUCAACAACUGCGCCUGCAUACCCCCGAGGAAGAAAUUGCUCUGGGCCCUGCAUGCUGGAUGUGGGACUACCUCCGGCGAUCUGGCCAGGCCGGCUUCAUGCUCCCGCUGAGUGGCGGUAUUGACAGUUGUGCAACCGCCACCUUGGUAUUCUCCAUGUGUCGACUGGUAUACCAGGCUGUACAGGACGGCAAUGAGCAAGUCAUUGCCGAUGUUCGUAGAAUAGUGGGUCCCUACUACGCAGAAGGCUGGUUGCCAGAAAGCGCGCAGCAAAUCUGCAACGGCAUUCUCCACACCGUCUUCAUGGGCAUGUCGCAGCAGUCAAGCCCGGAGACGAGGAGCCGCGCUAAGCGACUGGCGGAAAAUAUCGGAAGCCAUCACCUCGAGGCGGACAUAGACGAUAUCUACCAUAGCCAGAAGAAUCUCCUGACCAAGGCCACUGGCUUUACCCCGCGCUUUAGGGCCCAUGGCGGUCAGCCCGCAGAGAACCUAGCGCUGCAGAACAUCCAGGCUAGGACUAGGCUAGUAUCCUCUUACUACUUUGCUCAAAUGCUCCCCAUAGCUCGAGAGAGACCCAACGGAGGCAGUCUCUUAGUUCUUGCUUCAGGAAAUGUGGACGAGUGUCUCCGCGGUUACUUGACCAAGUACGAUUGCAGCAGUGCAGACCUCAACCCUAUUGGCUCCAUAUCCAAGACGGAUCUCAAACGUUUCAUUGCCUACGCACAGACAGAAUUCAAGAUUCCCAUUCUCGGCGAGUUCCUCGACGCCACCCCAACCGCUGAGCUAGAACCUCUGACAGAGGGAUACGCACAGAGCGACGAGGUCGACAUGGGCAUGACUUACAAGGAACUCGGUGUCUUUGGAAAGUGCCGCAAGGAGAUGAAGCUUGGUCCGUACGGAACCUGGGUCCGUCUUGCUCACGAAUGGAGCGACGAAUAUACCCCCCGUGAAGUAGCAGACAAGGUCAAGCGCUUCUUCCACUACUAUGCCAUCAACCGCCACAAGAUGACGACCAUGACUCCCAGCUACCAUGCCGAAGCUUACUCUCCAGAUGACAACCGCUUUGACCUAAGGCCCUUUCUGUACCCACCCUUUUACAAGAACUGGAGCUUUAAGCGCAUAGACGAAGAGCUGGAGAAGCUGGAGAAGAAGGCGCAAGAAAAGAAGAAUUAAGCUUGGUGUAGCCAUGUGUAUAUAUAGUGGGUUAGGAAGUGGGCUCGGAGAGCGUAGAUACAUGUACAAGUCGAAUUUUGUAGAAAAUAGAAAGGGACGCAUAUCGAUAUAGAAAGCAAGGACGUCAUGCUUAUUGUAUUUCAAUGGCAUUUCUUCCUUUGCAAAUCAUAGUCUAAUCAAGCAUCAAACUUUUGUAGC